AGCUACACCCAACUUCAAUACAAAACCAAAACAGUAAAGCUAACUUCAACACCUUUAAUUUUCUAAAAGUAAUUCAGCGGCUGAAUACCAAGCGGAGAAGAUGAGUCAGGAGCAGCCACGGCGUCCCAAAGGCCAAAACCCCAUCAAAUACGGCGACGUUUUUGUCGUCUCCGGCGACCUUGCACAGAAGCCCGUCGCACCGGAAGAUGCUGCCAUGAUGCAAAGCGCGGAAGCUCGAGUGCUCGGACAAACCCAACCCGGCGGAGCAGCUUCCGUCAUGCAAUCUGCCGCCACCAGGAAUGAACAGGCUGGCCUUGUCGGUCACCGGGACGUCACCGACGUUACCGGCGACCGUGGCGUCACAGUCACAGAAACUAAAGUCCCUGGAAGACGCAUUAUAACCGAGGCUGUUGGUGGCCAGGUUGUGGAGCAGUAUGUGGAGGCAACUCCGGUUGAGGCAGGGCGAAGCAGUGCAAUUAAGGAGAAUGCCAUAACAAUAGGAGAGGCAUUGGAGGCGACGGCACAGACUGUGGGUCAGAAAGCGGUGGAUCAGAGUGACGCCUCCGCGAUUCAGGCGGCGGAGGUGAGAGCAACGGGAAGUAACGUUAUAACGCCGGGUGGACUUGCGGCUAUGGCUCAAUCAGCUGCUGCUUAUAAUGCUGACUGCAAGCUUGACCAGGACAAGGUCAAGCUCGCCGACGUUUUGGCCGGAGCCACCGCCAAGUUGCCCGCGGACAAGGCCGCCACACUGCAAGAUGCUGAAGGUGUAGCGUGUGCUGAGGUGAGGAACAACCCUGAUGCCACCGCCACUCCCGGUGGCGUAGCCGCUUCUGUUGCGGCUGCUGCUAGGCUCAAUGAAAAUGUUAAGUAACGAGUCAUGUUAUGUGUCUUGAUAAUCAUACUUUUGUUUCAUGAUGUGUGGUGUUGAUGUGUUAUAGUCUAUAGUGUAUUAAUAAGUGUAAGUGGUGCAACAUCUUGUUUUUCUUUCUUGUACUCUUUGUGAGUUAUAUUAAUUACUGGUUUUAAGGACUCUACUUAAGGUGAUGUAUGUAUACUAUGCGCUAUAUGCAUUUCUGUGGUUAUCAGUUAAUAAUAUGUGCUCCAAUCUUGUAA